GCGAAGAUGGCGGCAGCGGCAGCAGCUGGUACGGCCUCGGGGCUGCCGGGUCCGGUCGCACAGGGACUGAAGGAGGCGUUGGUGGAUACGCUCACCGGGAUCCUGUCCCCGGUGCAGGAGGUGCGGGCGGCGGCGGAGGAGCAGAUCAAGGUGCUGGAGGUGACGGAGGAAUUUGGAGUUCACUUGGCAGAGCUGACCGUAGAUCCCCAGGGGGCACUGGCAAUUCGUCAGCUGGCAUCAGUCAUCUUGAAGCAGUAUGUGGAGACUCACUGGUGUGCCCAAUCAGAGAAAUUUAGGCCUCCUGAAACUACAGAAAGGGCAAAAAUUGUUAUCCGGGAGCUCUUGCCCAAUGGGUUGAGAGAAUCAAUAAGCAAAGUGCGCUCCAGUGUGGCCUAUGCAGUGUCAGCCAUUGCCCACUGGGACUGGCCUGAAGCCUGGCCCCAGCUCUUCAACCUGCUCAUGGAGAUGUUGGUGAGCGGAGACUUAAAUGCUGUCCAUGGAGCCAUGCGAGUGCUGACAGAGUUCACCCGAGAAGUAACAGACACACAGAUGCCACUUGUUGCUCCUGUCAUUCUUCCAGAGAUGUAUAAGAUCUUCACUAUGGCUGAGGUGUAUGGUAUUCGAACUCGUUCUCGAGCUGUGGAGAUUUUUACCACUUGUGCCCAUAUGAUCUGUAACAUGGAGGAGCUGGAAAAGGGAGCAGCAAAAGUCCUGAUCUUCCCCGUGGUACAGCAGUUCACAGAGGCCUUUGUCCAGGCUCUCCAGAUGCCAGAUGGCCCCACAUGUGACAGUGGCUUUAAGAUGGAGGUUCUAAAGGCAGUGACAGCCCUGGUGAAAAACUUCCCCAAGCACAUGGUGUCCUCCAUGCAGCAGAUUCUGCCUAUUGUUUGGAACACACUCACCGAAAGUGCUGCUUUUUAUGUGAGGACAGAAGUAAAUUACACAGAAGAAGUAGAAGAUCCUGUGGAUUCUGACGGUGAAGUCCUGGGCUUUGAAAAUCUCGUCUUUAGUAUUUUUGAAUUUGUCCAUGCCCUACUAGAAAAUAGCAAAUUCAAAAGCACUGUUAAGAAAGCCUUGCCUGAGUUGAUUUACUAUAUUAUCCUGUACAUGCAGAUCACUGAGGAGCAGAUUAAAGUAUGGACCGCCAACCCUCAACAGUUUGUAGAAGAUGAAGACGAUGAUACUUUCUCCUACACUGUUAGGAUUGCAGCUCAAGACCUGUUGUUGGCUGUGGCCACGGAUUUUCAGAAUGAGAGUGCAGUGGCCCUGGCUGCUGCUGGCACUCGGCACUUACAAGAAGCAGAACAAACCAAAACCAGUGGUGCUGAGCACUGGUGGAAGAUCCACGAGGCCUGCAUGCUCGCCCUAGGCUCAGUGAAGUCCAUCAUCACGGACAGUGUGAAGAGCGGCAGGAUCCAGUUCGACAUGCAUGGCUUCCUGACCAAUGUCAUCCUUACAGACCUCAACCUCUCUGUGUCUCCUUUCCUCUUGGGUCGAGCACUUUGGGCUGCCAGUCGCUUCACUGUUGCUAUGUCCCCUGAACUGAUCCAGCAGUUCCUGCAGGCGACAGUUAGUGGUCUUCAUGAGUCACAACCACCAUCAGUUCGAAUUUCUGCUGUGCGAGCCAUCUGGGGUUAUUGUGAUCAACUGAAAGUCUCAGAAAGCACCCAUGUGCUUCAGCCCUUCCUCCCCAGCAUCCUUGAUGGCCUAAUUCAUCUUGCAGCCCAGUUCAGCUCAGAGGUCCUCAACCUCGUUAUGGAGACCCUGUGCAUCGUUUGUACUGUAGACCCAGAAUUCACAGCAAACAUGGAAAGCAAAAUCUGCCCCUUUACCAUCGCCAUUUUCCUCAAGUACAGUAAUGAUCCUGUCGUUGCCUCACUGGCUCAAGAUAUCUUCAAGGAGCUGUCUCAGAUCGAAGCUUGUCAAGGCCCCAUGCAGAUGCGGCUCAUUCCCACCCUCGUCAGCAUCAUGCAGGCCCCAGCAGACAAGAUUCCUGCGGGGCUGUGUGCGACAGCCAUUGAUAUCCUGACUACAGUAGUACGGAAUACAAAGCCUCCCCUUUCCCAGCUUCUCAUCUGUCAAGCGUUCCCUGCCGUGGCACAGUGCACCCUUCACACGGAUGAUAACGCCACCAUGCAGAAUGGUGGAGAGUGCUUGCGGGCCUAUGUAUCAGUGACACUGGAACAGGUAGCCCAGUGGCAUGAUGAACAAGGUCACAACGGACUCUGGUAUGUGAUGCAAGUGGUGAGCCAGCUUCUAGACCCCCGCACCUCAGAGUUCACUGCAGCCUUUGUGGGCCGCCUCGUCUCCACCCUUAUCUCCAAGGCAGGACGGGAGCUUGGGGAAAAUCUGGACCAGAUUCUUCGUGCCAUCCUCAGUAAGAUGCAACAGGCAGAGACCCUCAGUGUCAUGCAGUCUCUGAUCAUGGUAUUUGCACAUCUGGUGCACACUCAGCUAGAACCUCUCUUGGAGUUCCUGUGUAGCCUCCCUGGACCUACUGGUAAACCUGCCCUGGAGUUUGUGAUGGCUGAGUGGACAAGCCGACAACACCUGUUCUAUGGACAGUAUGAAGGCAAAGUUAGCUCGGUGGCGCUGUGUAAACUGCUCCAGCAUGGCAUCAACGCGGAUGACAAACGGCUACAGGAUAUCCGUGUGAAGGGAGAAGAAAUCUACAACAUGGAUGAGGGCAUCCGUACCCGCUCAAAGUCAACCAAAAACCCAGAGCGCUGGACAAACAUUCCUUUGCUGGUCAAGAUCCUGAAGCUGAUUAUCAACGAGCUGUCCAACGUCAUGGAGGCGAAUGCCGCUCGCCAAGCUACCCCUGCAGAGUGGAACCAAGAUGACUCCAAUGAUAUGUGGGAGGACCAGGAGGAGGAAGAGGAGGAAGAAGAGGAUGGUUUAGCUGGCCAGCUUUUAUCUGACAUUCUUGCUACAAGUAAAUAUGAGGAGGAUUACUACGAAGAUGAUGAGGAAGACGACCCGGACGCUCUGAAGGAUCCUCUCUAUCAGAUUGACCUGCAGGCCUAUCUCACAGACUUCCUCUGCCAGUUUGCUCAGCAGCCCUGCUACGUAAUGUUCUCGGGCCACCUUAAUGACAACGAGAGGCGGGUUCUACAGACCAUUGGCAUCUAAAGGGGGUGUCUUUCCACCUGUGCUUCCCGUUUGGGCCCAACCAUGGACCAUUCUGCAGUCCUCUGGCCAAGAGAUCCUCUUCCCAGCCUAGAGUGGCUUUCUGGAGUGACGUUGACCAACUCCCGAGACCACGAUCACCAGUGCUGGCACUUAGGAAUGACGGAACAAAGGACAUUUCUCAGCAUCCCUGUGAAGAUACCCCAUUUCUGGAACCUUCUUUCUCCCCAGCUCUGCCCCCAUCUCUAUUCCUUGUGUUUUCUGCUGGUCAGUCCAGAAACAUCUAUACCCAAAAGGAUUAUGGGUUCAUGGAUUAUUUUGCCCCACCCCAGGAGCACAGGAAAUCACGACCAUUUUUAUCCUAAAACAUACUGUCUACUUUCAUGGGACGUCUGAUAUAAUCAGAUGAGAAUUCCCUCGAGAGAUCAUCGUGCUGUCUGCCCUCAACCACUCAUCAGUGGCCUGGGUUCUCAGUGGGAACAAGUGAGCGCAGCACCAUGCUCAGCCCUUUCCAGUGCCCGCCUUCCUGUCCUGCAACACUAAGACUCUUCUGUCAAAGGAAGUCAUCUUGGUUCCGCUUCAUUGCAUGACAGAGCCUUCCCCCAGGCUGUUCCUAUAUAUACAUGCAUACACAAAACAAGCCAGACAGAUGGCGAUUUGUUUUUCCUUUUUUAGAAAAAUGGAAAAAGAAAAAAAUGAAGUUUUUUAAAAUCCACCUGACCUAACUAUAUUUAAUAGCCUCUCAUAUGUUACCACAGAAUCUGGUAUUCAGAGGCUGUCCCCUGACCCUCAAUGAGCCUCUAAAGUGGUUAAGUUGUAGCCCUCAAAUUUGCAACCUGUAUUUUUCUAGGACAGUAAAGUAAUCUUUACAAAUGAA